AUGUCUUCCCUCAUCAACGCCAUCCUCCCUGCCUCCAUGCAGACGAAGAAAGAAGGAGGCAGCAGCGCCUCCCAUCCCCUCGCCAAACCAGCAGAAGAGCAUACGCCUGCUCAUCACCACAGCUCUAGCAGUGGCGAGUAUGAUCCCAAUCAAAGGCCAUCCGACAUGUCGACCCAGCAGGGUCUCGCUUCGGGCGGCAAGCGAGAGGCAAUGGGGAAUGAGAUUGGAGCUGGAUCUCACGGCACGCAUGGUAGCACGCACACACACAGCACUCACGGCAAUGAUCAGCCCUUGACGAAUGAAGGUGUCAGUGCUCUUGCUGGAGCUGGUGUAGGUGCCGGUGUCGUUGGCUCAGGUCUGAGGGAGCAUGAGCAUGAGCACGAGCGCGAGCGAGGAAUCGAGGGAACUUCAGGUCACCAUCACGGUCAUCAUGGCGGCCAUCAUGCGCAAGGAGGAAGUGGACUCGAGACCAGAGAUGGUUACGCCGCCGCCCGACAAGCUGGUGCCUUGCCUGAUCGCCAAGAUAUCCGCAAUAUCGAUCGAAAGGGAGCAUCUGAGAGGGCAGACCUUGCUGGUGCAGCUGGAGGUACUGGGCUUGUAGGCGCGGCUGCUGGAUCGCAUGGUCAUCAUCACCAAGGACAGGAUCAUGGUCUGACGGCUGGUACUGACGACCCGGUGGCUAUGCGUGGACAAGCUCCUGUUACUGAGCCAAUUCACGAUACUCGUGGUCCGAGCAGUGGUCAGAACACAGAGUAUGGCUCUUCACGGCUCGGAAGGGACGCAGCUCUUGGCGGUGCAGCUCUGGGUGGUGCAUCUGGUCUCGGACAUCAUCAGGGGGGUGAGUAUGGCUCAGCACGUGACGCUGGCCUCAGUGGCGCAAGUGGUCUAGGGCAGAACCAAGGUGCAGGUUACGGGUCGUCGAUGACGGGCCAAGAAGCAGGACUCGGUGGUGUAUCUGGCUUUGGGCAGGGUGAGAGAAGUCUUAACCAGUCGGGCGUGGGUAGUGGUGUGCGACAGGAGGGUUUGAUCCACGGCCAUCACACGACGAUAACAGGUGAAGCUUUGGACCCGCAUAUUGGUGGCGAGAAAAGGUUGUGA